AUGGAAACCGAUACUGCCUCAACACCUCCCGACCCCGCAACAGCAGAAGGAGCAGCAACGGCUGCUGCUGCUGCUGCUGCUGCUGCUGCUGCUGCUGCACAGACAAGCCACUUGGCAGCUCCGGGGGCGCCUCCAGCGCCUCAGGCAGAGCUUGCUGCAGCAGCAGCAGGUGCAGCACUGGCAGCAGCAGCUACAGCAGCUGACCAGGCGUCAGGCGCUGCAGCAGCAGAUGCUGCUGUAGCUGCGGCAGCAAGCGCUGCAGCAGCAGCAGCAGCAGAUGCCCGCGUAAAAUGGGAGGCUCAAGCGCCAGCUGCUGGGAAGGCGGCAGCAGCAGCUGCUGCUGCUCCUAGGGAUGUUGCUGCAGCAGCAGCUGCAGCAACGGCGGGAGCCGAGGCAGCAAAGACACCCCCCAGCAGCAUUAGCACCAGCAGCAGCAGCAACACCAAGAGCAGCAGCAGCAGCAGCAGCCACAAAGCUGACUCUGCGCCCACCAAACGGAAGCCGGCGGACCGCAGCAGCAGCAGCAGCAGCAGCAGCAGCAGCAGCAAAGUGAAGCGACAGAAGAGCUCAUCCACAGCGCCUGAUGCUGGGUCUGAGAGCAGCAGCAGCAGCGGCAGCCGCAGCAGCAGCGACGAUGAUAGCAGCAGCAGCAGCAGCAGCAGCAGCAGCGGCAGCGAGACGGCCUCGGAGGAUGAGCAAGAGAUGGCGCUGCUGCAGCAGAAGGAGCAGCAGCAGCUGCUGCCGCUGGUGCAGCAGGUGCUGCAGCAGCUCCGCAGCAUGUUUGAAGAUCAGCUGCAGCAAGCAGCAACUUUGAGGAAGAAGCAAAUCGAGCUGACGGGUAUUUGCCCCAUUACAAACCAGGGGACCCCCAACUCGCUGCUGCUGCGGCCGCCACCGCCCCACAUCCCAUACAGCAAACUUCUGAAGUGUCACAAGUUCUUUCGCCGGCAGCGGAACCAGGUGCUGCUGCAGCGCGUGACAGCAACAGCAGCAGAAGAGCUGCUGCUGCCGGUCUUCACCGAAGAGACUGUUGCUGCUGCUCUCAAGACAAUAGAAGCUGACGACGCAGCAGCAGCAGCAGAAACGGCAGCAGCAGCAGCAGCAGCAGCAGCAGAUGCUGCCAAGCUGCAGCAGCAGCCCUUGCCCACUCGACACAAGCUGCUGCACCUUAGCGGCCACCGCUGCUGCAAGCGCUGCUGCAUGCGCUGCACGCUGCAGCGCAGCAGCAGCAGCAGCAGCAGCAGCAGCAGCAGCAAUGAUGAUGAUAGACCACCGGGAAUGGUUUGCUGCUGCUGCUACUCCUUUACGCCGGUCCCUGGGGAGCCCGACGUCCUGAGCAGCAGCAGCAAUAGCAGCAGCAGCAGCAGCAGCAGCAGCAGCACGAGCAGCAGCAGCAGCAACAGCAGCAGGAGAUGGCAGCAGAGCAACGACCAUAGCUUCGGGAAGGUCAUAGCAGCCCCGCAUUACACGAGUGGAGACGAUGGCAGUGGCAGCAGCAGCAGCAGCAGUAGCAGCAGCAGCAGCAGCAGCAGAAGCAGCAGCAGCAGCAGCAGCAGCGGGAGGGCAGGCAGCAGUAGCAGCAGCAGGCCUCUGGGAAAACCCCCGUCUCGGCCGCUCCAGCAGCAGCGGCUGCUGCGACCCUCCAACAGCGUUGUGAGCAGCAGCAGCAAACCUCCUGCUGCUGCUGCUGCUGCUGCUGCUGCUGCUGCUGCUGGGGGAUUCUUUGGGGGGGACAAGAGGCCGAAGCCAUGGGCGCCGCGGGGGCCGCUGCCGCUGCAGCAGCAGCAGCAGCAGCAGCAGCGGCCGGCGCUGCAGCAGCAGAGGCCGCCGUCUCUCCCAGGAGCAGCAGCUGCCAGCAGCAGCAGCAGCAGCAGCAGCAGCAUCAGCAGCAGCAGCAGCAAAGCGCAGCCUGGGCCUUCCUUGCCCGGGCUUGCCAAUAGAAGCAGCAGACCGCCCCUCAAAACACCCCCUGGGAGGUUCCAGCAAAUGCUGGCAGCAGUCUUCAACUCGGAACCGACAACGUCCCUGGAAACCCUCAGCCUGGAAACAGAAGCUCAAGCGAAGGAGCUGGCGUCGCUGCUGCUGCAAGCCCCUGAGGCGUUUCAGCUGCACUGCAUCAGCUUGCUGCAGCGGGCAACACCUGCUGCAGCAAAAGCUUUUGUCAGCAGCGGCGGCUUUGGAGUUCUUGCAAAAUGGCUGGCAGCUUUGGGAGCAUCUCGCAGUCUUUCUGCUGCUGCUGCUGCUGCUGCUGCUGAGAGCAGCGGCAGCAGCGCAGCAGCAGCGCAGCGCAGCACAAGACUGCGGCAGCUGCUGCUGCUGCUCAAGACCUUCUCUGCCCCCACGGACGAGACUGGGGCUUCCCAGCUGGUGUCGCUUGUUGCUGCUGUUGCUGCUGGGCGAGAAAAAGCCCCCGUGUGGUUCGGCGGCGCUUCAGCCUUUAUAAGAAACUUAGCAGCGCAGGUUUUGAAGUUGUGGCACAAGGACAAGGCACUGCAACAGCAGAGCACAGAGGGAGCUGCUGCUGCUGCUUCAGGGUCAACAGCUCAGACGAAGCCAGCAGCAGCAGCAGCAACAGCAACAGCAGCAGCAGACUCCUUGUUGGAUGGCUUGCUGUCAGCUAGUUCUGAGGCUGAGCAGCGGCGGCAGCGGCAGCAGCAGCAGCAGCAGCAGCAGCAAGACGAGAGCCGCGUCGAAGGCGCUGCAGCGCGUGGCGCAGCAGCAGCAAAGCCGGACACAGCAGCAGCUGCUGCCGCUGCUGCUGGGGGGACGUCCCGCUCCGGCUCAGAGCCCGCAGCGGCGGCCAGCAGCAGCAGCAGCAGCAGCAGCAGCAGCAGCAGCAGCAGCAGCAACUGCUGCAGCAGCGAAGAGGCCCAAGCACUGCACAGCAGCCUAGACUCGCUGCUGCAGCUGGGCAAAGCCAUAGAGAUGACACGGGAGCAGCAAGUGGCGCAGCUGGCUGGGGACUAUUCCCCAACAGCAGACGCAGAGCCUGCUGAGGCCCCAGCAGCAGCAGCAGCAGCAGCAGCUGCUGCUGCUGCUGCUGCUGCUGCUGCUGCUGCUGCUGGGAAGCCGCUGCAGGCUGCUGCGCCCGCUGCAGCAGCUACGGUCGAACACGAAUCCGACACCCACCAGCAGGGCCUACGGCCAACCAAGACGACGAAGCGGGUGCGCUUUGUUGAUGACGCUGAGCUCGUUGUUGGUGUGCUGCUGGACCCGCUAGACCCUCCCAGCAGCAUCAAAGGGGCCCCGCGCUGCGGCAUAGAGGGCCUGCGAGCAGCAGCAGCAGCAGCAGCAACAGCAGCAGCAGCAGGUAGCACUGACAGUUUUGCUGCUCGCCGCAAGCGCCACGAGGCCAACGAGACCCCCAGGGCCCGCGCGCUGUGCUGGGAGCCACAGCCCGCAAUGCCUUUCACUGCCCCAACCCGCAUUGUGUCUUCGUUGCUGAAACUGGAGCGUGUGCUGCGGCUCCCAGCAGCAGCAGCAGCAGCAGCAGCAGCAGCAGCAGCAGCAGUGCCUGAGGCAGUGCCUGCCCCCAAAGCAGAUUUUGCUGCAGUGCCUCCCUUCAGCGCUGCAGGCAGCCGCAUCAUUUACCCCUUAGCAGACGCACAUGCUGCUGCUGCUGGGCCUGCUGCUGCUGCUGCUGCUGCUGCUGCUGCUGCUGCUGCUGACCCCCUUCAGGAGGGGAUGGAAGAGUCCCCUGCCCAGGCAGAGGCGACUGGCUGCAGCACUGCAGCAGCAGCAGCAGACGCGGCGGCGCAAGCUUACUGCAGCCAGCAGCAGCAGAUGCUGCACCCCCGGCUGCAGGAGCAGCAGCAGCAGCUGCUGCAGCAGCAAAUGCUGCACCCCAUGCUGCUGCAGCAGCCUCCCCCCCUCUUGCUGCAUGGCUUUGUUCCCCCGCCUCUUCCGGGGCUGCUGCUGCCGCCGGGGGUGCCGCUGCAGCAGCAGCAGCACAUGCAGCUGCAGCAGCACAUGCAGCUGCAGCAGCACCUGCAGCUGCAGCACCCGCGGGGCCCGCAGGAGUACCGCAGCAAGCAGCAGCACAUGCAGCAGCAGCAGCACCGGGCGCCGGAGCAGCAAAAUCCAGAUGCGCCCUGGCGCUGA